AUGGGUGUAUCACCUAUUCAAACAGGUGCCAAAGCUACGAUAGAUCGAGUAUUAACAAGAGUAAUAUCAAAUAAUGUAACAGCUAUAUUACAUAUUGGUGAUGUUAGCUAUGCUCGUGGUAUUGGUGCUCUAUGGGAUGCAUUUAUGAGUCAAAUUGAACUAACAACAUCUCGUGUUCCAUAUAUGGUUGGAAUUGGAAAUCAUGAGUAUGAUCAUAUUACAGGAGGUGAGAAAGAUCCAAGUGGAGCACCUGGACCAGGAGGAUUUCGACCAGAAUGGGGUAAUUAUGGUAAGGAUUCAGGUGGUGAAUGUGCAGUCCCAUUAGUAAAUCGUUUUCAUUCUCCAUCAAAUGGUAAUGGCCUAUUUUGGUAUAGUUUUAAUAUUGGACCAAUUCAUAUAGUUUAUUAUUCAACUGAACAUGAUUUUCUACCAACAUCUAGACAAUAUGCAUGGCUUGAACAAGAUCUUCGUUCUAUAAAUCGUUCUCGUACACCAUCUUUAUAUAAAGAAAAAUUACAAGUUUAUAUUGAACCACUUCUUUACAAAUAUCAUGUUGAUCUUAAUCUAUUUGCACAUGUACAUUCUUAUGAACGAUCAUGUCCAAUGUAUCAAAAUAAAUAUGUAGGCGAUGGUAUUACACACGUAUUAAUUGGUAUGGCUGGAUAUGAUUUAACACAUGGUACUUAUUCAGGUGAAAAAUGGAGUAUCUAUCAUGAUGACGAAUUUGGAUACACUCAUAUAUGGGCAAAUAGAACAUGUCUAAAGUUUAAUUAUUAUCAUACUAAAGAUGAUAAACUUGCUGAUCAAUUUCAAAUUAUAAAAUAA